AUGGAAGAGCUUUCCAUGGCAAACACCGUGUUUGCCCUCAAUAUCCUCAAGCAUAUAGAACAAACAAACUCUGCCCAGAAUAUCUUUUUCUCUCCGUGGAGCAUCUCGUCCACCUUGGCUAUGGUUUUCCUCGGUGCCAGGGGCAACACUGAACACCAGAUGGCCAAAGUGCUGCAAUUUAACAAAGUUAAUGGCUAUGACAUCACUAUGGGAACCCCAGAGAACGUCAGAGGCUUUGAUUGCACACAGCAAAUACAGAAGGGAAAUUAUCCUGAUGCUAUUUUACAGGCACAAGCAAGAGAUAAAGUCCAUUCAUUGUUCAACUCUCUCAGCUCGGCAAUCAACACUUGCUCAGGAGAUUAUUUACUGGAAAGUGCCAAUAAGCUGUUUGGAGAGAAAUCUGCUAGAUUCAAAGAAGAAUACAUACAACUCUGUAAGAAAUAUUACUCUACAGAACCAGAGGCAGUAGACUUCCUUAAAUAUGCUGAAGAAGCUAGAAACAAGAUAAAUUCCUGGGUCAAGACCCAAACCAAAGGUGAAAUCUCAAACCUGUUACCUGAAGGUUCCGUAGAUAAAGACACCAAGAUGGUACUGGUGAAUGCUGUCUAUUUCAAAGGAAAGUGGAAAACUCCAUUUGCAAAGAAACUUAAUGAGCUUUAUCCCUUCCGUGUGAACUUGCGUGAGAGCAAACCUGUUCAGAUGAUGCACCUACGUGAAAAGCUGAACAUUGGAUACAUAAUGGAUCUAAAGACUCAGAUUCUAGAGCUUCCGUAUAUUGGAGACAUCAGUAUGUUCCUGUUGCUUCCUGAUGAGAUUGAGGAUGCGUCCACUGGCUUGGAGUUGCUGGAAAGUGAAAUAAACUUUGAUAAAUUCAAUCAAUGGAUGAGCAAAGACACAAUGGCUGAAGACGAUGUUGAGGUCUACCUCCCCCAGUUCAAGCUAGAGCAGCAUUAUGAACUCAAGCCUAUUCUGAGAAGCAUGGGCAUGGAGGAUGCCUUCAAUAUGAGCAAGGCCAACUUCUCAGGAAUGUCCCAGAGGAAUGACCUUUUUCUUUCUGAGGUGUUCCAUGAAGCCACAGUGCAUGUCACUGAGGAGGGCACUGUAGCAGCUGGUGGCACCGGGGCAGUUAUGACAGGGAGAACUGGUCAUGGAGGCCCACAGUUUGUGGCAGAUCAUCCCUUUCUUUUCUUUAUCAUUAACAAAACUACCAAUGCGAUACUAUUUUGUGGUAGAUUCUCCUCUCCCUAA